AUGGCUCACAAGAUUGCACUUCUCUUCGUCUGCGUCGUCUUGGCAACGGCGUCCGCUGGUAUGGUACGUCGUGAAGCUGACUCACCGCUGAAAGAUAUUCAAAAGCAUGCAGAGGAAUUCGGCAAGACUUUCAGUGAGCAACUCAACGCAUUGAUUAACUCCAAGAACACACAGGAGGUCAACAAGGCUCUAAAGGACAGUUCAGACUCCAUGCUAAAACACCUCUCAGAAUUCUCCGCCACGCUGCAGAACGCGCUUUCUGACGCCAACGGCAAGGCGAAAGAAGCUUUGGAAAAUACCCGCACCAACAUCGAGCGCAAUGUAGAGGAGCUCCGCAAAUCGCACCCUGAGGUUGAACAACAAGCAACUGCCUUACGCGAGAGACUACAAGGUGCAGUGCAGAAUGCCCUCACUGAGACUCAGAAGUUGGCCCGUGAAGUAGCUGCGAAUAUGGAAGAGACUAACAAGAAGCUUGAGCCUCAAAUCAAGAAAGCCUACGACGACUUAGUAAAGCAAGCCGAGCAGGUGCAGACCAAACUUCACGAAGUCGCCACCAAGCAAUAG